GUAGUGAAAAUUAAAGGAAGACAAGUUUAGUAGCUGUAAUGGCGGCCAUGUCAUGAAGGUGCCUGAUUAUUAUUAUUUGCCUGGGAUGGAAGACAAUUCGUCGCAAAAUCAUAAUGGACAAUUAGAUCCAAGUGGAGGUGGCAAUGUUUCCAACAAACAAAACGACGAUGGAAAUCAAAGGACACAAUAUUCGAUACCGGGCAUUUUGCAUUUCAUCCAACAUGAGUGGGCAAAGUUUGAGUUGGAACGAUCGCAAUGGGAAGUGGAAAGAGCCGAGCUUCAGGCCAGAAUAGCGUUUCUACAGGGUGAGAGGAAGGGGCAAGAAAAUGUGAAAAGCGAUCUCGUGAGGAGAAUUAAAAUGUUGGAAUAUGCCCUGAAACAGGAAAGGGCUAAAUUCCACAAACUCAAAUAUGGGACGGAGCUGCAGCAAGGGGACAUGAAGCCUCCAGUAUUUGACGACGUAGUAUCUGAUGCAAAACUGGAGGCUGAUGCGCCUUUCACAUCAGUUAGCAACAUUAGCUGGAGGCAGGGCCGCCAGUUAUUAAGACAGUACCUUCAAGAAAUUGGCUACGCAGAUACCAUUCUUGACGUGCGUUCCAACCGUGUGCGUUCACUUCUUGGCUUGAACAACAAUGCCGAAGGAGAAGAAAAUCUGAACAACUCGUCAUCGCCUGCUGUCAAUGGCAAUGAGUCAUCCAACAAACGAGCAAGUGAAACUCAGGGAAGAAGAACUCCAGCAAAAAAGACGCAGCCGUCGUCCUUGACGGAAGCCAUGAUCUUGGACACAGAAGCUGCUGUGAUGGCCAAUUUUGAGUUUCUCUCUCCCGACGUGGACAUGGAUGAUGAUGACGACAUGAGCGACGACUUGGAUGAUCAGCAGGAUGAUGAAACGGAUGACGUCAAAACUGCCAAACGAAAGAACAAAAGUCUGUUGAUGAAUGAAGGUCUGGCUGAUGAUGUGGAUGCCGAGGCAGAGGAAGUUCUAAACGAGCUAAAUUUGCUCACCGAGUCUGAAGAUGCACAAAAUGAGCUCCGUGCUUCAGGUGGUCCACCUGCCCUUGGUUUUGCUGGGAGCUCGAGGAGGCCGAUGGGCGCUUUGGGGGACGAUGAGGGGCUGGACUCCUCGUUGGGUCUUGGAGAAUUGGCACAGUUGACAGUCAAUAAUGAAGCGGAAGCAGCUUAUGAUAUUUCUUCUAGUAAAGAAGCUUAUCGUAAAAUGUGGAAUGCUAAAUACACACUCAGAAGCCAUUUUGAUGGUGUCCGGGCUCUUGCUUUUCACCCAACCGAACCAGUCCUCAUUACAGCCAGUGAAGACCACACUCUUAAAUUGUGGAACUUACAGAAAACUGUGCCUGCUAAAAAGUCAGCAUCUUUGGACGUGGAACCUUUGUACACAUUCAGGUCACACACCGGCCCCGUCCUCUGCCUGGCUAUGAGCGGCACUGGCGAGAAUUGUUAUAGUGGCGGGCUAGACGGACUGAUCCAAUGCUGGAGCCUGCCCAGUCCCAACAUAGACCCUUACGACUCAUUUGACCCUAGUGUGCUGACGGGCAGCUUAGUAGGUCACACAGAUGCAGUGUGGGGUCUUAGCAUCCACAACCAACGCAUGCAGCUUUUGUCCUGCGGCGCCGAUGGGCUCGUCUGCCUCUGGUCCCCUCAAAACAAAGCUCCACUUCUCAGCACUUUUACAUCACCAGAGGAUGGACAACCAACUUCAGUAGAUUUCGUUCACAACGAGACCAAUCAAAUGGUUGCAGCUUACAAUUCGUCCCACUGUGUAAUUUACGAUUUGGAAACAGGAAAGCCUGUCACGCGACUAGAAACCAACCAGGCUGAAAAUGUUACACAAGAUAAACAAAUCAACCGAGUUGUGACACAUCCGACUCUUCCCCUCACCGUCACAGCUCAUGAGGACCGACACAUCCGAUUCUUCGACAAUGUGUCUGGAAAAAUGGUCCACUCGAUGGUGGCACAUUUGGAUGCCGUCACCAGUCUUGCUAUUGAUCCUAACGGUCUUUACCUCCUCUCAGGAAGCCAUGACUGCAGUAUAAGGCUGUGGAAUUUGGACAAUAAAACGUGUGUCCAAGAGAUUACAGCUCACCGAAAGAAGUUUGAUGAAAGUAUCUAUGACGUUGCCUUCCACCCUUCCAAGCCAUACAUUGCAAGUGCAGGAGCAGAUGCACUGGCCAAGGUAUUCGUGUGAAGCGCUAUCUUUCGAUGGCAUGAUUAAAAACUCAUCUGCGUCUCUUUUUCGUCACGAUAUGCAACCACAAUACUACUUAAAAAAAGAAAACAUCAAGAAGUGAUUGAAUUCCUAUUCUAAUCCAACCUCUGAAUGUGUAGAUAGGAUGGGAGGGCCAUCGAAAUCACACCGGGUUUGUCGGUAGGAUUAGAGCUGCUCCAUAAGAAUGAACAAAAAUAUUUAUUAUUAGGAAAUUACUGUUCACUCUCCCGGAAAUAUUGUACAUUUUUGUCCGUCAGUGAUUAGACAGCCUUGUUGACAAUUUCACUUUUUUAUAAUUCUUAUUGUUUAGAGCAAAAAAAUUUUGUAGGUUUUUUCUCAAUGCUGCCAAUUUUAAAUCAAUCCAAGUUAUAGUUCUGAACAAAAAAAAACUGGAUGUGUAGAAAUUUUGAUUAUGUGUGUUUCACGGCAAUUAAAAUUAAUCUGUCAUUUCUUUGAGGCAGCUUGGAAUGUGUAAUGCAAUGGAAGCCACAAAGUGCAACGGAAAAGGAUACUAACAGAAUCACAUAGAUUCUUCUUGGCUCAUUAAUGAUUGUUCUUUGCUGAUAGCAUUGAUUAACGAGUUGGCAAAAAAUCGACAGGUUUAAAUUUUAUGUAAACACUAUCACAAGUUCUACAAAUGGCAAGGCAAAGAGGGAUUGCAAAAGUAAUGUGAAUCAUUACGCUACUGUACAUUUGUUGAGUUCCAUGUUGUAUUGUAGACGAAAAAAGCCAGUGCUGAGAUUAUCAUAACAAAAAGAAGAACUAUCAAUGGAUGUUUGUUAGGAUUUUGAACGGAUGUGCGAAUGAAGUCCAGUUUUAAAAAUACAAACCCUGUAGAAACAGUGCAACAGCAAACAUGCGACAUACUUCUUAGAGUACACUAUAGAUCUUGGUUUAUGUUAAACAACUACUUUCUUUUGCAGUCUCAAAUCUCAAAUCCUUUUCUCAAUGACAUGAUUGCAUGGGAUGUUUGUGUGUGCCGAUCUGUGAAUAUGACUGUGUAGCUUCUUUAGGGUAAAAUUUUACCAGCUGCACACCUAAAAUGCCACUGAAAAAAGUGCAUCUUCUGUAAUUAUGCUUUAUGAUUCUAUUCUUGGGAGUAUUUUGAUUUAUAUUCUGCAAUAUUCUGUGAUUAAGGGAGUCAUCAAAUUGAGCAGUUUAAUUUUUAGUCAUCACUCAAAGUUUCUUCAAAUUUUCCAGAGUUUUAUUGCAAAUUCAGUUUUAAUCUUUUCAUGUCUGUAACGAAGUAAUCGUAACAUAUAAUUUAUAUACGAAAUACUACUCCAAUUUUUAUACCUUUACUCACUCUAUAAAAAUAUUCAUCUAACAACAUUCGAAUGUUGUUAGCUUUGAGUUGAAAGGAAGGAAAUAAUGAAAUGUUACUGAACAUGACAUGGACACAAAAAGGUCACUUGAUAUAAACUGAGAGAAAAUUCAUGGGUUCGUGGUGCCAUCGAUCCCUGCUCUUAUUUAUUAUUUAAUUAUGACCAACUUGUAAAUUAUUGCAAAUAUCUUACUAUAAUGUGAGUUGGUAUGCGUACAGGUAAUAAAUGCAAGUAAUAAAAUGCA